AGAUGCAAGCUCCCUACAGUGAGUGAAUUCGAAGAUGGCGGAAGCUCCCUUACGGACCUGCCAGUAUUUCUGUCACCGAUGUUCUGAAGAGAUUAGUCCUCGGCUUCCGGAUUACACCUGUCCACGGUGCGAGUCUGGCUUCAUCGAGGAAUUACCAGAGGAGAGAAGUACAGAGAACGGGUCCACAUCUACAUCGUCCACCGGUGAUCAGAACCGUCAUCCGUUUGAGAAUGUGGACCCGACUCUGUUUACCUUCCCACAUCCGUACGGCCAACUGGCUCUGGGCAUCUUUGGAGAAGGUUUUGAUCUCCGGACGGGCAUGCCAUCUGAGGAAGGGCGCGACACUGAGAACCAACGUGAAAGGGAGAUGCCAUCACGCCAACGCUACGGGGCCAGACAACCUCGGGGGCGCCAUGUUCCCCGGAGACAAGGGACACGGCACGAAGGAGUGCCCACUCUAGAGGGAAUAAUUCAGCAGUUAGUAAACGGAAUCAUUGCGCCAACAGCUAUGCCAAACAUGGGAAUGGGACCAUGGGGAAUGCUACAUUCAAAUCCAAUGGACUACGCCUGGGGUGCCAAUGGAUUAGAUGCCAUUAUAACACAGUUAUUAAAUCAAUUUGAAAAUACGGGUCCACCUCCUGCAGACCGAGAAAAGAUCAAAAACCUCCCGACAGUUCAGAUCACAGAGGAGCAUGUGGGAGCUGGUUUAGAAUGUCCCGUGUGUAAAGAAGACUACACCGAGGGAGAAAGUGUUAGACAACUUCCAUGCAAUCACCUCUUUCACAAUGACUGUAUAGUGCCCUGGCUCGAACAGCAUGACACAUGUCCGGUGUGCAGGAAGAGCUUGAGCGGCCAGAACACAGCCACAGAUCCUCCCGGCUUAUCAGGAAUGAACUUCUCACCUUCUUCAUCAUCAUCGUCCUCCUCAAAUUCCCCCAGUAACGAAAACGCUGCCAACAACUCCUAAAAUACCCACAAUCCCCUCACACACACAGGACGUGACCAGGUUUAAUCAUGUUUAAACUCAAAUCCCUCAUAGGCCGUAUGAGGUAAAUUGUAACUUGCAAGCCCAUUCCAACCCCCUUGGCUCGAAGAACGCUUUGGUUUAAAAUGUGCUUUUUGAUUGAAUAUUUAGUUCUGAAAAGUUCUCCACAAAACUGACUGCUAAAUUUGAGUAAUUUGGUAUCAAAAUCUGGUGUAAAUAUUCCAGCGCACAUUGUUUUACUAUUGUGAGCCAGUGAACGCAUGAAUACGCCUGGGUGCAGGCACCACGUGACGCAGUUUAUUCAAUUAUAUUCUACUGGUAGGUCAAAGGUUGAUCAGCUGAGUAAACAAAAUGGCGUCGCCCGCAAUACCACGGACCGGAGAUUCUCCGAUAAAUCCAAAGUGUUUUGUGCACUUAGAAUUCUAUUAUGGACGUGAACGCACAAAUUAUUACAGAUGUGCGAUGCGCAAAGAUUGCGGAAUGUUCAAAAAAGUGGAUCACUCUUCACGGAAGAGAGAAAAACAUGGUGGGAAAGUUGGUAAGCCAAGGCCUAUUGGAACGUUUAUGUAUUUGUGACCGAAUUCCCUGAGGAUGCAGCUCGGGUGAUUUGAUGCAAUGGCUCAUCUUAAGUCCGUGUGACACAUUCCUGAUGCCUUCGGAGAGCUUUUUGAUGCAAUUCUAUGGUAUUUCAAGGAGGAACAAGCUCUCUAGAGGAGAUUUUGUUUGUGACGCACAUCCACCUAUGAGCAUUAAGAAUAUACAUAACUCAAGACAUGCUCAAGGGGGGUUUGCAAGUCGUAAAGAUUUAUGAAAAGGAACAGAAAAUGCCAAACCGGUGGAAAAAGGUCCUGCCGGAGGGUACAAGCAAAUGGGCACUUGUUGAAUUCAUUUAGAAGACUUGGAUAUCGUUGAAGCUAGCAUACAGUGUUGGUCUUGUGAUCAAGGUGACUCAUGGCAAAGUUUGCCAUCACUUAACUUGGAAAUGAGGCAGCUGAGGGCAAAGAUCUUUUCUGUGAUCACGAAGAGGCAGACACCAGACGACUUCUGCAAGCAAAGCAUGCUCGUACAUCACAUUCCAGCAUCAUAAUUGGUCACCCAGAUACAGAUGUUGCUAUCAUUGGCCUUCGCAUUCUGGAAAGCUUCAGUGGCUGUGUCUUCCUCAUGACUGGAAAGUAGAGUACAGGUAGAAGCAUAGACCUCACACAGAUGCAAAGCAAGCUGGGUGCAGGCUUUUUUUAGAUGUCUUUUUGGACUGCAUGCCUUCACACAAUGUGACUCAACAAGUGCCUUUUAUGGGAAGGGAAAGCACGGAGCACUGCAAGUUCUUGAAGAUAACCCUCAUUUCUUGAAUGUGUUCACAAGUCUGGGGAAUCAGUUUUGCUCUGAUGACGACAUCCUGAAUUCACUGGAACAGGGAGUUUGCCUCUUGAAUGGUCCAGCCCACAAAAUAAAUGAUGUCUGAUACAAGAUUUAAAAAAAAAAAUUUUUUGUUCAGCAAGGGAACAAAGCUUGGCUCCCGUCAAGAUUCACUGAUCCAACAUUGCAAGUUACAGUGCGCAACUUGCAGUUCGCAAGAGGGCUUCAUAGCAGCAGACUCUUGCGUCAUCACCCACUGGACAUGGUUGGGAAGUGGACAAAGGAGAGCUGACCAUUGUAUGGAUUAUCUGACCACCGGUUCCAGAAGCUCUUGUGCAAUGUGAGAGCUGCAGCUGCAGGGAAAGAAAGGUGCACAAGGUCGACGUGCUUGCAUUUCGGCAAGCACGUCGACCUUGUGUGCAUUUCCUGCUUUCUUUGCCAUGUACGGACAUGCAGAUGUGUGAACUGUGAAUUCCUAGCCUGAUGAGGAUGAUAAUCGGGGAUGAAGAUGAUUAUCCAGAAGACCUGUCUGAUUGCAGUGAACCAAUGUCGAGCAGGUACUGUACAUUUUUCAUCUGAAGGUCUCAAGGACCCAAUUGGAUGGAAGCCUUGUUCAGUAUUGGGUUGUUCUCAGAAAAGAUUGUACAAGAUGAACUGUCUUUCCUGCUCAGUCAUUUAACCCAUUGACGCCUGAAACGCCUGCAAAAAAACGUCUGCAAAUGUCUAAGCCAGUUUUUAGAAAAGGUCCCCAUCUGCCUGAGGGUUUUCUGAAAUAAAAAUAAUUAAUUGAAAACGCCUAUGAAAAAUUCAAUAUCUCAGCCUCUGAAGCACAUAAAGACAUGAAAUAAGUUGCAUUUAAAAGAUAAAAUUCUCUGCUUUUAUUGGAUCAUGCUCAUUCAGCAUUAACACGAACACAUUUUUAUAAAAAAAAAAAACAAAUCUGGCAUGCGUCUUGAAAAUAAUGACAAAUCAACAAUGCUGCGUUAUGCAGCAACCAGCAUUUGGGGCAAUGUUGCGUUAUGCAACAACCGGCGCUAGGGGCAAUGUUGCGCGACGCAGCAUCCGGCGUCAAUGGGUUAAAGGGGAACUGAAGUAAUUUUUAAACUUGCUUUAUUUCUUAACGUGUUAGUUACGUUUUCGGUUUUAGUAACCUUGUAUCGUGACUCGUAUUGGCAACUAAUUACAAUUAAAUAUUAUACUUAUCGGCCUAUUCGGUUUUUAGCCAUGUUGAAUUUAGUUCGUUUGGUCCACGGCAGGCGUGGAUCUGUGCGAUCUUCACGAGACUUGUGCGAGACUUCGAAACGUGAAGAGUCAGCCAGGUGUCAGUGCCGCCAUUUUGAAAACUGUUUUCCAAACGAAAUCUUGCACAAAAAACGAGUUUGAAUGACGAUUACUGUCUACUUUUUUCAAACUUUCCUGAUUGCUAUCAAAACAAACACAACUUCCGGCUUGAUUACGUCAGCAUUCGAAAGAGCGUGUGCGCGUCUUUUGACGACCCCUGUGUCUGAAAUCGCUCCCUACUCGCUAUAUAGGGCACUAUAUAGUGGGGACGCCAUUUUGUAGUGCUGUCCGAAACCUUAGUGAGGAUUAUUUACAUCCUAUAUCGUGCACUUAAAGUAUCCCACAAUGCAUCACGAAAAGUAGUGUACAAUGAUGGUCACUAACCAAAGCAAUAUAUCCCAUCAUGCAUUGCAGUCACGCUGAAAAUCAAAUUAAAAGUCUUAAAUUUGAUCUAAUAAAAGGCAGCGGCAAAGAAGAAAUUAUUCAGCCUUGAUUUAAAAAAAAAAAAACCUGAAAGAUGCAGGUACUUUGUAUUGAUUAAUGUGGGAAAUACGCUCAGUAUAAUAUGGAUUUAUCACAAAAACACAUGCAUGUAUUUAUUAUUUUGAAAACCCACCAGCUGACUGAUCUGGCAUGUUUUAAUUGUGCGACAGUAAUGACGUAAAUACCAGCGUGACGGACUAGUGUCCGAAAGCGUUUUUUUUUUUCAUUUUACCAAUGAGCUCGCUAUAUUGUCCUCCUAUAUAGUAAUUCCUAAUAUAGGGAAUAGGGAGCAGUGAGCAAUUUCGGACACAGGGAACGUUGGUAAUUUUUGAUUUCCGCUCUACGUUUUACUUCCAUCCUACGAUGUCUCGUACAGGUCUCAACGAAUCUUGUUUACGGCCAUUGCUUUGACGUAUGGACUGAGAUAUGCUACGUAAUAUUUCAAACACUUAUAACUUGCUAUAGCAGUGACGACAUGGCUAUCAAAAAUGCAUUCCGAUAUUUAAUAAAAUGAGAAAUAGAAGUUUGAUGAUAAAUUUGCCUUCAGUUCCCCUUUUAAUAGGAGUGAACAACGUUUUGGUUCAGUGGGCCUUAUUUUUGGAAAAAAUAAAAUUAUUUUCUAGUGCUAGCUGUUCAUUACCUCAAUCAUAAGGAUUUUGAUGGUUUUGUCAUUUUCCUCUGUUUGGUACAAGUUCACUGAAUUUUGAAAGGUCCUGGAGGAUUUGUUAUGCUAUUUUUGAAAUGAACCAUAGCAUCAAAUCACACAAUUAACAAUUUGACUAAUCUGCAAAUUUGACGUUUUUUUUUUUUUUUUUUUUUGGAGAACUUUUGGUCUGGCGUUUGAAAUCCAUAUGAGAAACCAUAUAUUCAUUCUCAAAGUAGACCCACGGGGGUUGGAACGAAAUUCAUUUUCUGGGCACUUGUCGAUUUACACCUUACGGCCUUUCACUCUAAUCUUACUAAUGCAGUCCUGAAGAGCCAGGAAUGUUCUAGUGCUCCAGUUCACUCUUGUCUGCCAUUAUUGAGAAUAAAGUGAGGUCAGAAUUGAAACCUGAUUGUCUAGAAUGCACCCUUUAAGACCAACGCUUCAUUAUCUUCAUCAUUACCAUUGUCAUUAUCAUCUGACUCCCUGGAGCCAACGCCAAAGGACAUGUCGAGAAACCGAGGAGAGAACACGCGUGCACACGCACCACCAUGUUGGCUUUUUUUUUUUUUUUUAAUAAACACGAGCAGUCCUGUACAAACAUGGAGUUUAAUUCAAAAAACGACUGUGGGGUCAAAUAAAUGGAAAACAAGGGAUGAACAUCCUACGAUGUAUACAGAGCUCUUGUAGAUACACACAUGCGCCUGCACACACAUUCUCACACCCAGCCAAUUACAGGAUUUGUAUGUCAUUUUAAUAGACUGUUAGGUCUCUCAUUUCCCUAAAGGGAAAACCUUCAACUAGAGCUCUUUUUGUUAUUAAAAUGAUUUUAAAAUUCCUAUA